AUGGAUUCAAGUAACGGAUAUGGCUAUGGUUAUGGUUAUAACUACCAGAAUGGCCAUAAUGGGACAGAUGUCGCGUCUUCCACAAGUGAAACCCGUCAAAUGAGGCCACGACCAUUCACCGUCGACGAAGCUCUUCCAUAUUCACCUUUUUCCUCUGUCGUUCCCUUCAAUUCUGCAGAAAUUCAACAAGGCAGAGGAAGUCUAGAAAGCUUGAACGUCGAAGCAACGAACCCAUAUCAGACCUCGCAGCGCCUGCAACGAACUCUGAAAGACCUCGAACAGUUACUUAAACCAGAAGAUCAUACAAUUUAUAACUUCAAGAUCGGACCAAAGAUCGCAUCACUUCCUGAUGCUACUCCAUUGAAACCCAAUCUUUCACCCUUUGCGCAGAUGCUAUACGACUCAACUAAGGUGGAGUAUAAGAUUGCAGAGCGUCUAGAAGUGCCAGCCAUGAGGCAUAGAAUGCAGAAGCAGAGAACUAAGUCGCAGUCGAAGUCGAGAAAUCCAAGUAGCAGCUAUGGGAAUACGAAUUUGCAGGCCCAUACUGCGAAUACAAACGCUACUAUAUUUCCUGAAGCCACUACUACGAAGCCUGCUGCUGAACAUGCGAAUGUCGUGCCUAAAGCAAAGUCGCAAAUCGCGGUCGAAAUUCCUUUGCCAAAGGCACUUGCGCCUUUUCACAAGCAAAGUCCAAGCCCUGCGCCAAAUUCACAUCCGCUUUUUCAGGAUGGCAAGCAGAGUCAGAAUAUUCCGCCUUCUUCCUCACAACCAGGCAUUUCCGUUGUCAUUCCGCAAUCACAGAUAAAGCCAGAAGAAUACAAGGUUGUAGAACCUCUUCCAGACUCGCCUGAAAGUCCUGCCAAGAACCGAAGACGAGCGGGCUCCGAUGAAUAUGAAGGGAAUGUCUCUGGAGUGGUCGACCAAAGAGAGAAGGCCGAUAUUGCCGCGCGAAACCUCCGAGAAUAUCUUCAAGAUGUUUUCGAAGCCGAAAAUCAAUUCCAGCCUGAAACUAAUAUCUCUAACAAUUUCCUCAUUUCGACGAACGAGGGAAUCGGCCUUGCUGCUAAUACUCAAACGCGACUCGAGGGCCUCUUAAACAGAAUUAUUGAAGUUGGCAGAAUCAAACAGGUUCCCUUGGAAGACUUGAUUCGAAUUCAAAAAUUGUCUGAAGCUGCUUUAAAAGAAGCCGAGACACUCGACUUGAAGAUCGACGAGGAAAUGGGAGAGUCAGAUGUCGAAAGUCUAGUUAUGACUGGCGGGCGUGACGAGAAGCAGCUGUACUCAGAAGACCUAAUUCAAUCCGCUUUGAAUGCAUUUAAAAACAUCAUGGAGAAUUUCAUAAUUCCGAUUGUGGAACUUCGCAGCACGGGGUCGACUUCAGCAUUGUUCAAGCUGCUUUCUGCCCAGAAGAAAGCUAUUCUUAAUUUACUGGCUCAAUGCAGACGCCUUUUGUCCCUCAUGGCGGUUCUCGUGGCCAAUAUUGAUCUAUCUGAAACGGUCAUCAACAGUCUUGAGUAUGCAGCUUCUAAAUUGAUAUUUGUUGAGAAUGCUCAUGCAGAGAAAGACUCCGUACUUGGUAUCUCUAAAUUCGACAAUCUUAGAGUCAUAGCCAUGGAUGUACUUGCACAAGUAUUUAACAACAACCCAAAAGAAAGAGCAGAAAUCUUCAAUGAAAUUCUGACAUCCUUGGAGAAGCUUCCUGUUACCAAACAGAGUGCUCGGCAAUUUAAAUUGGCGGAUGGGGGGAGCAUUCAACUUGUCUCUGCUUUAAUUAUGAAGCUGAUUCAGACAAGUGCCAGCAAAACGGACGACGCGAAAGAGAAGCGAAGACGAAAGGCCCAAGAUGCUCUGACCGGAGAUGAUGAGGGUCAAGAGGAUGCAAUCAAUGAUGCUGAUAAUCGUCGGCGAUACGAUACAGAAAGAAGAGCAAUCGAGCAGAACGUCACAGCGAUCCAAGAACUGAAAGACUGCGGAGCUUCACUACUGGAAAGUGCGACACAGAACACAGGAUAUGUGGUCAAUUUCAUUGUUAGUAGAGCAAUUAAAUCUACGAAGAAUGGCGAUACACCAUACCGGAAUCUGCUAGAUCUCUUCGUCGAAGACUUUGUUACAUGUUUGAACUCUCCGGACUGGCCUGCUGCAGAACUACUCUUACGCCUAUUCCUCUUCAAAAUGGUUCAGCUGGCUGAAGCAGAAAAAACCCCUGCUCCUGCCAAGAACAUGGCCCUUGAUCUUCUUGGGUCAAUGGGUGCAGCAAUCUCGGAAUUGCACUUUCAUGUUCGAAAGAGUGCCGCCUCGCUUGAAAAUCGAGAUGGACGUAUGGGACAGGCUCUUUCAAGAAUGGUUGAGGAAUCACUUAAACACGAAGCAAAUACUCAUGAAAUCUUGACAUGGGGUGGACCUUACUUCAUGUGCCUAGAUUUCAUGGAAGAUCGCUGCUUUGCUGAUCCUCAGCUAGCAAGCAGUAUUUCUCUCAUGAUUGUUGAAUGGGCCUCAAAAUUGGCAGACGAAUACGACAACAUUCUUGAUAAUGAUCCUGAUCACGAGCGCAUCGAGGAGAACUAUGGUAAAGUGGCAUACCGACUUAGAAUGAUGAUCACAGAUAAAAAAUGGUUUUCUACAGAAUAUGGCCAUGGCUCGGUCGACCCUAGUCAUGCCCGCUUGGCUUACUCUGUAACCUUGUUGCAUUCAACCUUCUGCACAUCUUUCAGUCGUGUGCUUGAUAUUCUACUUCGAUCAAUGUUCAGCGAGCAAGCUACCGUCAGAAGUAAGAGUCUGAAGAGUGUUAAUCAGGUUCUGGAAACAGAUCCAACCAUUCUUGAAAGAGAGCCUACCGCCAAGCAAAUGAUUUUGAGGUGCUCAAAUGAUCCUUCAGUCGGUGUAAGAGAUUCGGCAUUGGGUCUCAUUGGAAAAUGCAUCUCACUGGUACCAUCCCUUGAGGUGGAGAUGACUCCUAGUAUUCUUCACCGUGUCAAUGAUAGUGGUGUCGGUGUUCGAAAACGAGCUAUGAAACUACUCAAAGACAUCUAUUUGAACAACACCAAUAAAGAUGUCAGGGCCUCAAUUGCAGAUGCUAUCCUAUACAGAGUCACCGACCUUGAUGACAGUGUUCAAGAAUUGGCUCGGUCAACAAUCGAGGAAGUUUGGAUGUUACCUUUCUACAAAAUAACUGGAUCUGAAGAUACAUCAGUUCAAGCAAAACUCGCCAUUUCAGAUCAUGUCACCCUGAUCAUCAAGACGGCUCAGAGGCAGAAUGGAACCUCUGGUGUGUUAGACAAAGUGCUCCAAAAUCUACUUUCACCAAAGUCGAAAUACCCCGACGCCAAUUUCAAGGUCUGCAAAGCACUUGUUGCUGCUAUGUUUGAGACAAUUAUUGAUAAUGCCGCUUCCGAGGAUUCCGAUGCACCAAAUCUUCGGGAAUCUCUAGAAGUACUCACCAUAUUUGCCAAGUCCAAUGCAAACCUAUUCACAGCUGAUCAAAUCCAAUUACUACAACCAUAUGUUGCAAAUGUUGGUAGUGGUGAUGAAGCUGCUAUCUAUCGUUCAGUUGUUAUCAUAUUUCGCUAUGUCCUUCCUAGUUUACCCAAGGUUCAACAUGGUUUCCUCACUGAGAUUAGGAAGCAUCUCUUACCAACUAUGACACGCAGUCCCAAAUCUAUUUUAGAUGACAUUGUUGCAUGCUUAUGGAUCAUUAGUAGUGUUCUUGAUGAUUAUCAUAACUUAACAAGAGUCGUAUUAUCUAGUUUGGCUGGUAUUCAGAAGAUGAAAAGCAUUGAUCUGAACGAUCCAAAACGAGCCGAUCUUGUUAAGAAAUUGACAAAACUUCUUCUAAUUUGUGGCAUGUGUGGUAAGCACUGCGACCUUGAUCCUCAGCACGAGAUUUUCAAAGAGAAGGAGUUUCCGAAGAUGAAAGGCAACUCGGUUUCAAAACUGAUGGUUGAUACAUUUGCCCCAUUUGCGACUCCUUCUCAGCCUAUGGAAGUUCGAAAGCAUGCGCUUGAUGCAAUGGGUAUGGUUUGUCAAUCUUGGCCGAAGAACUUUUCCGCCGCCAACGUUUACACCACGUUCAUCCAAGUAUUUAGUGAUCAAGAUUUGGAAUUGGAGACGAUCGUGAUGAGAGCCUUCAAAGAAUAUCUUUCGAUUGAGGAAAAGCGAUCAGAAGAAAGUGGCGAUGGUGCUGUCGGCACUGGCACAGAUUCAAAGGCAAAAUUGGGUGUCAUGGGCGGUAGUCAAGGUGACGGUGUUGCAUUGGACAUCGCACAGAGAUUCUUAAAAGAUAUUGCUCGCAUCGCGCUUGGUAGCCAAGACAAGGAAGCACUUCUUGCUGCAGAGGUUGUGGCAAGCAUCAAUAGACAAGGUCUUGUUCAUCCCAAGGAAACUGCUUGCACUCUUAUCGCCCUAGAAACUUCACCUACCAGCAAAAUUGCUGACAUUGCAUUCAGGGAGCACAGGGCUCUUCAUGAGAAGCAUGAGACGAUUCUCGAGAAGGAAUAUAUGCGAGCUGUUUUGGCGGCGUACGCAUACCAGAGAGAUGUAGUCAAGGACACUCAUGGUGCUACACUUAAUCCUUUCACUUCGAAACUCUGGAUGAUGAUUGAAGUCAUGAAAAUUAGCAAGGUCAAGAACCGAAAGAAAUUGUUCGAUAGCCUAUGCUCGCGAAUUAAUUUUGACCCGGCAAAACUCGACGCCAUUGAAGAUCUACCACAUCAUUUGGAUUUCGCGCAAUUUAUCAUCGAGAAUCUAGCUUUCUUCGAAUAUCAAACCGUGGAUGAAUUACUGUCAACUAUCGACUCGAUGGAGAAAUUGGUCGCGGGUACAGGUACGGGUAUUGCUCAUGCGAUUGAGACAGAGGUCCUUCAUAUUAGCCUCGACCAACCAGCAAAUGAAACCGAUGCAAAUGGUCAUAUUCAUCCAGACGUACCAAAGCGAGAUUUAGUGCGCCUACAACAGCUCACUGCAAUCUCAAUCAUGCUUACGAAUCUGUGGGAGGCUCGUACAUAUCUUCGUCGUCAGUUUGGAUUGAUGAAUAGAGAUGGAAAAGUUAAAGGUGCAAUCAAAGAUCUCAGUCGGGCUCCGGUAAAGGUGACAAGCGUCUCUGGAGAUAAAUUCUGGAGCGAAGUUUGUGGUAGAAUGACUAGUUGCGAGUCCGAGGACAAAAUGGAAGCGCAAUGUCGGGCCUUUGUGGAACUACUCAAUGUAGAUCACGACUUCAAGGUCUCAGCAGAAAAUGAUGAGAUUGAUGAGAGAGGCAGAAUGAGUACGCCAAGUGAUGACGAGGAUGGGACACCAGGCCCGCCGGGUGGCAGCGGAAGAGGCCGUAAGAGAAAGGCUGGUUCCAAUGGUGCCUUAGGAGGGCGAAAGAAGCGAGCCAGGUCCAGUUCAGUCUCAAGAGGACGAGGUAAACCAAAAGGAGCGAGUUUCAUUUCCGGAAAGGGAGCUUCUGUUGAGCGUAACGAUGAAGGCGAGUGGGAUAAUUAG